AUGGGGGUUGCUACCGCCACUGUGCACGCUGUCGCAUGGGCGACUAUUCUCGACAGUCAACGGGACGGCGGUUACGCCGAAUUCGACCCUGCAGAAGUCGCGCCGCUCAUGUACAUGCGCGGCGGGCUCACCAUCUACAGUCUCGGGCACAUCGCGGUCCAGAUGGCGCGGGCGAUGGGCCCCAGCGUCGUCACGCUUUCUUCAGGGUCGGGCAAGGCGGCGCUCGCGCGCGAGCCCGGCACAAGGAGCACAUCGACGCGCGGGCUUGGGCUCGACGCGAUGCUGCUGCUACUUUCGCUCGGGCCGAAGCCGUUCCCGGUUUCUCCGAGUGAACCCUCCGACCUUUGCCUGGCGGGGCUUUUGCUGGACGUAUUUUUGGGCAGUCAUAAUGGUGUCGAAGCGGUUGGAGAUAUCAAGAGUUGGAAGUUCUCGCUGAAGAAAGCGCAGGAGGCUUUCGACGCUCGGCUCACGGCGCUUUUUCGAGCCGUGAUCGUUCCGGCUUGUAACAUGCACUGUUAG